AUGACUGAGCCAAUCAACACCGGUCGGCUCUCCAAGGAAGAUGGUGCCGUCGAAUCAUCACACCAAGAAGACCCUGAAGGCGUCAGGGUUGAAAUAGUCCAAGGAUCUGUGGCGUUGGAUAUAGCCAGGCGCACCAAUCCCCCCAAGCCAUGGAGUCGGCAGAUGAGGAGGCUAUAUCUCUUUUUGACUGUGGCUUACCUUUGCUCGGCCCUGAACGGGUACGAUGGCUCACUCAUGGGCGCUUUACUCCCUAUUCCACAAUUCCAGGAAACCUUUGGCGCCGGUCUCGUCGGAUCCCAAGCCUCUUUAAUCCAAGGGAUGUACACAAUUGGAGGUGUCAGUGCGCUACCAUUCGUUGGUCCUUGCUUGGACAAUUUUGGCCGCCGCUUUGGUAUGUUCAUUGGCUCUGCUGCUGUCAUUCUUGGCACUAUUCUGGGAGGCACCGCGAAUCAUAUAGAUCAACUGCUCGCAAGUCGAUUCUUCCUCGGUUGGGGAUAUUCCAUGGCCUCUUCCGCUGCACCAGCCUACGUUGUCGAAAUCAGCCACCCCGCAUACCGCGAUCUUUUGACAGGGUUAUAUAAUUGCCAGUACUUUGUGGGAGCCAUCGCUGCUGCAGGUGCCUGUCGUGGAUGUCUCGGUUUGCCUAGCUCUCUUGCUUGGCGUAUCCCAAUUUGGUGUCAAUUGAUCUCAUCCAGCAUUGUCGUGUUAUUUGUCUGGUUCCUCCCUGAAUCACCUCGCUGGUUAUACAGUCACGGUCGGCACGAGGAAGCGUGGGAUGUCAUAACCGCCUAUCAUGGCGAGGGCAACCGGGACAAUGCCUAUGUUAUCAUGCAGAUUCGAGACUACGAGGACGCAAUUGAUCUCGAAGGAUCAGACAAGCGGGCCUGGGAUUUCAGGGAGCUGGUCAAUUCGAAACCUGCAAGAUGGCGUCUCCUAUGUGUGGCUAUUGCCGCAUUUUUCAGCCAGUGGUCUCAAGCUGGAGUCACGACCUAUUAUAUUGGCGGUCUCUUGGCCACAGCUGGAGUAACUGAUACCACAAAAGUACUAGACGUCAACCUUGGCAAUACCGUUUUAUCUGCCGCAGGGGCCUAUCUAGGAAGUUUCUUGGGCCCAAAGGUCCGGCGCAGGCCGAUGAUGAUUGGUGCCUGUCUUGCAUGUGGUGUAUGCUUUGCUGGUUUCUCUGCCACAGCUGCAGUUUACACGAGUUCACAAGAACAGGGGGCUGCCACAGCCUCUAUUGUGAUCAUCUUCUUUAUCGGUUUUUGUUUCAGUUUUGGCUGGACACCUCUUCAAGCCAUGUACCCUGUCGAGUGUCUGUCUUACGAAACCCGCGCCAAAGGAAUGGCCACGUACUCCGUCAUGACAAAUAUUGCCUUGCUGGUGAACCAGUUUGGAAUUGGUAACGCAAUCAAUGUUAUCGGCUGGCACACUUAUAUCAUCUUGGCUGGCUGGAAUAUUGUGCAGGCUCUGUUCAUUUAUUUCUUCGCUGUUGAGACGAACAAGCAAACCCUUGAGCAGCUCUCAGAGAUCUUCGGGGCGGCGAACCCCCGGAAAGCCAGUACGGAAUCACGGAAGAUCGUUGUCUCCGAUAGAACAAAUCAAGUUACACUGGCAAAGGACGAGGAGAUUAUCUGA